AUGAGCGCUCUCGUCGGAGUAGGCGCGGAGACGAAGAUCAAGGGCGCUUCGAAGUGCUUGGAGUUGAGCGAGCGAGACGCCGUCGUGGCGGUGUGCGUGCAGAACGACUUCAUGGACGCGAGAGAGGCGGAUGGGUCGUACGCAAAACAAAGCGUGGCGGCGAGGACGAUACCGGCGAGCGCGACGACCGAUAAUGGUCGGACGGUGCGGAGAGGCGCGUUGGCCGUGAAGGAUGGACAAGAGGUUGUCGGUGUGACGAACGAUUGGCUCGCCGCGGGGUCGGCUCGAGGGAGCCGGUUGAUGGUGACGCUCGAUCGACACCCAGAGAAACACUGCAGCUUUUGCACGUUCGGCAAGGGCGGGAAGCGAACUCUGGAUUGCGUGUGGGGAUGUGAAGGCCUGCAAGGUCUGUGUGUUAGUGGCUCGAGCGUCCCGCAAGUGGUGUUCGAUUCGUCGAAUCGGUGUGUGGACGAGAUAUCGUCGCGCGAUUUUGAGCAGAGCCGAUACUUUCAGUGGCCUCCGCACUGCGUGGAAGGUAGCUUUGGUGCGGAUUUGGAUCCAUUUCUGCACGUACCGAAGGAAACGAUGACGUUGCAGACGUCUGCAGCGCGCGAUCGGGACUCCUACAGUAUGUUUCAAGCCACCGAAGGUGACAGCGGACGGACGAUGGAGAAGAUUUUGAGCGACUACAACAUAGAUCGCGUCUUCAUUAUGGGUCUUGCGACAGAUAUGGUGGUGAAGAACACGCUUUGGGAUAUUUUAUCGUCCCAGAACAACACCCUGAAGCAAUCGAUCCUCGUCGCAGCAGGAGUCCGUGGGGUUUUCGACGAACCGGGUGAUUAUUAUCUCUCAUCUCCGCAGAGCGGAAGUGGCAUUGUGAAAGCGGAGGCCAUCGCUCGUGGAGCAAGCAUCGUCGCCGCCACCAACGUUGACGAAGCUCUCGGCGAACUUUGCAUCGGAACUUGCGAUUCAGACUCUGAUUGCGACGGGGACAUGGUUUGCGAUACUUCGGCGAAGCCCUACGGACGGUGUAAACCUCGUCCAAUCAGUAACGGCAUCGCCACGGCUGUCACAAUUUUAUCCAUUCUUGGUGCUCUCAUCGUAUUCCGCAAAGACAUCAUUGAAUCAUACAAUAAUCGCCACAAGGCGCGCGGGCCUCCAACUGACUUUGUAGUUCUCGCAGAAACGGACAUCGAAGGCUCGAGUGAGCUUUGGGAGAGAAUGGGUGAGCUCGGCAAGGGUGACUUGAUGAAGAACGUCAUCAUGAAACUGCACGAUGAAUGUUUGAGACAAAGUAUGAAAAAGCACUUUGGCUAUGAGCUUCUCGUGCGAGGCGAUGCCUUUCUCGUGGCAUUCCAUACCGUCGACGAUGCUUUAUCUUGGGCGCUCCAAGUUCAGAUGGAUCUCAUGAACGCACCGUGGCCUCAAGAGUGCCACAACGUCACCAAAGGAACCAUGCAGGAAUUUGGCACUUUCAGCGGUCUCCGAGUGCGCAUGGGCAUACACUGCGGUCGGGUUGACAAAUGCAUCAAACAUCACGGUAAGAUUGUGUAUGAAGGCAACGUGCUCAAGGAGACGACAAGCGUCGCGGAUGCCGGCGUUGGAGGCGGGAUUCUUCUCUCCCAAGCAACAUUGCCCUUGUCUCACAUAGACAUUCCGUACGUCCUCUUUGAUCAGGGCUUUCACGAGAUGAGCGCAUUUAGCGUCCCACAAAGACUGAAAGAGGUAUAUCCCGAAGAGCUUGCUGGUCGUGCCAACGUCAGAGCGGCCCUCGAUACGACUCGAAGACUCACACCAUCCUUCCAUGACGCCCCCGAGGGAGAUGUCACCAUGUGCUAUGCGCAUGCAGUUGGGCUCAACGAAUUGCGUAAAAUAUUCGAUGUCAAGAUCGUGGAGAAGGGACUUAGCGUUAUGUUUGAGACGCUACGUGAGGUCAUGAUGCGUCCGCAUUGUAGAGGCUACGAUUGCCGGGGAUAUGAACCAAACGGUGAUAACAUGUAUGUCUUCAGCACUUAUAAGCAAGGUCUGUUGUUUGCACUCGAGGCCCAGGCUGCACUUCAGCAAGCCAUCUGGCCGGAUGAAUUGCGAGAGCGAGUCGGACCCACAGGGGUCCGUGGCAUUCCCGUUCGCAUGGGCAUGCAUAGCGGCCCGCUGAAGCGCAUUCGUAUUCCAGCGGAAGGUCUCGCAGAUUACUACGGCGAAGCCGCGAACCGCGCGGCGCGCGUCAUGUCUGUCGCAGUCGGAGGACAGGUGACCUGUGUAGAAGUUGAACUCGAGCGCAUGUUGCAAAACGAGGACAAAGGAUUACCAGAUAUCUUAGUGGACCAUUUAGGUACGUUUUCCUUAAAGGGUAUUCCGGGGGUCACCUCGUUAGUCCAAGUUGCGCUCACUGAAACGUUGGCUCGGCAGGGUGGUCGCCAAUUCACAGUUUCAAAGAAGGCUCAACAGGUCCAUCCGGCCUCGGCGGAGCGUCGCAUUCAUAAGGCACGUUAA